AUGUCGUCGUUCAAGCGCAGGACAGCGGUGAAGCCGAUAUCGGGCACUCGUCCUUCACCCUACAACGCCGCGCCGCUGCUCAGUACCGGCCUCACUUCGAUAGAUGACCUCCUUGGCGGCGGUCUUCCUCUCUCGACCUCCCUUCUCAUCGAAUCCGAUUCGCCUACGUCCUACGCGGAGCUCCUGCUCAAGUACUGGGUCGCGCAGGGUCUCGAGUGCCGACAGGACGUGCUCGUCGUCGCGAGCGGAUUGGAUGGAGGACCUGGAGGAAUCGUCGAAUCGCUCAUGGAGGUCGACGGAGGCCGGCCGGCCGAGACGAGCGGCUUGAGCCAGGCCGACGCCGCCGAAGACGAGGAAGAGAAGAAGCAGGAGGAGGCACUGAAGGAGCAAAUGAAGAUUGCGUUUCGGUACGAGGGCAUGAAGCAGCACCAGACGACCGUCGACUCGCGAGGUAGCAACGCUGUCGACGACGGCACCUACUGCUCGGUUUUCGACUUGACGCAGACUCGCCAACUCGGUCCGAGCGACCGCUCGCUCCUUCAGCUCGUCGAUGUGGACGAUUUGAGCGGCGCUACGACAUCUACUGGCGGCGUCUACGAGUUGCUGUACGAGAAGAUCGAGGAGGUUGUCUACGAAAAGGGCUUCUCGCAAUCCACCGACGCGAACGCUCCUCGCAAGGCACUGCGCAUCGCGCUGUCUGGGUUUGGAAGCCCAGCAUGGGGACCUGCUACUCCUGCGGCCCUCUUCUCUUUCGUGCACCGGCUUCGCCACAUACUGCGCCAGUCCAACGCCUCCUGCAUCCUCACCUUCCCCGCCCACCUGUACUCGACCUUGCCGCUCUCCUCCGUCCCCUCAUCCCCUCUCCUCUCCCGCCUCUCGCACGCAUCAGACGGUGUCCUCCGCCUCACGUCCUUCGCCUCCUCGCCCACACACUCCGCCACCUUCCCGCGCCACGCCGGCCUGAUCUCCUUCCCGAAACUCCCAACGCUCCCACCAGGCUCGCUCGUCCCUCCCGGCUCGAAGUUGUCCGUCCUGCGCGGACUGGGCGGAGGCGGCGAGGGACGCGAGAACCUCGUUGGGUUCCGCGUCAAGCGGAGACGGUUCGUGGUCGAGGUUGUGAGUGAUGAUCCGGUUGCGGGUGAAGGAGAGGAGGAGCGCGAGAGGGAGAGGAGGCGGAAGAGGGUCGAGGAGGCGAACAGGAAGGAGAGGGAGAUGGCGCAGGGAAAGAGCGGCAGUGACGUCCUGCUUGGCGGAUUGGGCGAGCGAGUCGCGCAGGUGCGGAUAGGCGGCGAGGUCGGGCCAGAGACAGUGGCAGUGGUGAGGGAGGCGCCCAGCGUGCAGCUGAGCGCGGAGCAGGUGGCAGAGGUGACAGCGAAACCGAAGAGGAAGGGCGUGCGGAUGGGCGGGGAGCAGUUUGCGGCAGACGGAGACGUAGGCAAGAAGGAGAAGAAGGUAUCGGUCGCACGGAUGGUGCACGAGCGUCCAGACCUGCUAGACUUCUAA